GAACCCAAUGGUUGAUUGAAAUUCUCUGCCUGAUUCACUCACGUGGGGACCCCAAGUGGGUUCAAUCAGUGCCCUUCUGGAAGCGCUCGCCCUGGAUAGAGAGAAGGGACGCCGAGCAGUUAGACAGAGACUCGGAGGGCCCGCGCUGCUUCACCUCCCACCUUCCUUUCCACCUCUUCCCCAAGUCCUUCUUCACUUCCAAGGGCAAGCCGCUGAGGAAGGUAGACAUAGAGGGAGUGGUGACCCUGGUGAGAAGAGGAACCCCUGGGCGCUUGCCCUGUGGAUCAUGGUGUGAGCACAUUCAUGGCUGGAUGUCCGUGAGUCACAGGGAGAACGUCCUGCUGCUGAGUUAUGAGGAUCUGCAGAAGGUGAGCCCCAUUAUAGCCAGUGCCUGCCUGCGCCCCAACAUCUUCGCUCCCCCUGACAUCCCUGGUCCUCAGUUUCUCCCCUCCAAGUUCCCUGUCAAUGCAGAGCCUCUCAGGGGUCACAAAGAAGCUUUCCUGGAAGGUUCUGUKUGCAGCACUGAGAUAAGCGCCGGCUGUGUGCAGCACGUGUGGCUUGGAACUUUCCUUCACCUGUUUCCUCCCAAGGUCUAUCGUGGCAAAGAGUUCACAGGCUCCUGUGGGGAUUGGGAGAAUCACUUCACAGUGGCCCAAGCCGUAGCCUUUGGUAAGCUGCACCAGGAGAAGAUGAAAGGUCUUCCUGGGGGGCUGUCCCCCUGGGAAUAA